AAAACAUUGUCCCAGAAAAUGCUUUGGAAAAUUGAUGCUUCAGAUUGUUCAAAAAUUAAAAAAAAAAAAAGAAAUACAUUGUUGCAAAAUGGUUUAUAAGUUUUAUUCUGCAGAGUUUUAAUCAAAAACAUAUCUGAUGAAAGAAAUCGUUGGGCGCCCGUUGCUGUCACGCGAAACAUGUGAUGCACGUGCGAAACUGCCUAAACGCCGAUGGACUUCACUUCUUUAUGGGGAGGACGAAGUAAGCAAUAUAUUUUGUUUUUGUUCGAUAUAUGGAUAUAGGAUUCGAACCCACGAUCAUAGGUUUCAGGCACGCAAGUCUGUCUAACUAAUACGGCGUCUAAGACAGCUGGGCCUCGGUUGCCCCGGUUAGGUUAAUGCAAACGCACUAUACUUACUUACUUCUUAGACUUUUAUAUACAAGAUUUUCAGCACGAGAAGAUGAAAUUAAGUGAUUAACUGAUCAUUGAUUUGUAAAAAAAUGCAGUAAUCUUCAUGUUUGUAAUUGGCUCUCCACGAAACAAUCUAUAUAAAUAUGUUUGUGCGAUUGACCUCGUGGUCACAGCGGAUCAAUCAGCCUGUCUCCACGUACCGCCUCACCGGCCAAGCGGAAAUAUCUGUGUAGUAGCUUAGUCGGGUUUACGUCAAGGUCAGAUAUAUCAGUAGGAUAAAACCCAAGCUUUGUAUUCUAAUGGAAUCUUAUAUUUAAAUAGGGCUCGAUUUCGUUUAACCUACAGAAGUCAGACCUAUUUGUCUGUGUUAGGUCAUUGUAGCAAGACAGGUAUGUCAAAUAUUGUACACAACCGAUCGCCCCUUUGUGAGAUGAACGCUUGAGUCAUUUAAAGUAUAUAUACCAUCAGUUGAAUUCAAUACACGUACAGCUUCACACCCGUAACGUUUUGUUCAGUUUGAAGUAAUCGACGGACUUGCGUGUCCUAUGCUGGGAACAUUAUACAGUAUCAAUCUAUUCAUCUAUGAUCUGAAGACAGAAUAAUGCUAAUAAUCAUCAAAUGAUCAAACAACAUUGACGUCACGAAGCACACUGAACAAUGUACAACGGAUAUAAGACUGGUGUGUAUAGGUAGCGUACAUCGAUACAACCCAACAGGACAAACAUUCAAAUGAAGUCAGCAACGAUGGCGGAUAAACUGAACAUUCACGUUCUACAGUCCCUGACGCCGUUCAAUAAUCACGGGCAGGAUAUAGUGUCGGAAGCGGCGCGCGCGCUGCUGGUCAGCUGUGUGAAGGCUGACCUAUCAGUCCAUGACACUUUCUUCCCCACGUCGCUCCCCCACAGCUUCGUUGCCCAGGUUGAGCCACGCCUCUUCCCGAUGACCAAGCUGGCCACUGCCUUUGUGGCCUAUACCAUCUCCCGGUGUAAGGAUGAGUUCAAGUUCCACCAGUCCAUUAACAGACAAGCGGCGGAGGAUCUCCUCAGGGACAUGGUGGAGGGACUCCACUGGAAGAAGCUAGGCUUUGCCUUGUACACCAUGUCCUACCCCGACACAGUGAGAGACCACAAGACGGCAAUAACUCUCCGAGACUACAUGGGGGACGACAGUCACAUCUGGGCAGAGAAGCUGUUAGCGGAGAUCAUGGACCCCGCAUGGACCAACGCCAUUUUGAAGAAGAUCAUCAAGGGGAAGUACUCGGACGAGGAUUACAACCGCGACAUGAACGUCCUGUUCGUGAAGCUUCACCUGCUGGACCCCCAGUCCGUCAUCCCCGCCUUCCAGUUCCUGCUGGGCCAGAGAGCCUUGCCUGCCGUGAACCUGGAACUCGCUACUCGGAACUACCUGGGAGGCAUCCUAGACUUUCAGGUGAUCCGACCGGAAGUAGAAACAGCUCUGCGCAAGCCCAGUGUACCCCUGAAUGUGUCCCGCCUCAGCCUAGACGAGGUGGAGGUGUUCUAUGGCGUCCAUGUGGACGAGUUUAUUGUGACUGAGUGCAGGAACAUGGGCUUAUGGACAGGCAAACGGCCAGAGAACUAUAAGAUGUCCAAGCUGAAAGAGAGGUGUAAAGUCAUGUGAUUGUGAUGGAAUAAAUAGUAUCAUGACCGACGAAGAACAAUCUGAGGACUCUAUAUGAACAGCUUCGGCGCUGUGUCAUACGGAAUGUAAUGACUCCACUACCUGUACAGGACUUCGCUGCUUCAUCUUACAGAACGCGAUGACUCUACUUCCUGUGAAGCACUUCGUUCCUUCAUCUUACAGAACGCGAUGACUCUACUACCUGUGCGGGUCUUCGCUCCUUCACCUUACAGAACGCGAUGACUCUACUACCUGUGCGGGUCUUCUCUCCUUCACCUUACAGAACGCGAUGACUCUACUACCUGUACAGGACUUCGCUCCUUCAUCUUACAGAACGCGAUGACUCUACUACCUGUGCGGGUCUUCGCUCCUUCACCUUACAGAACGCGAUGACUCUACUACAUGUGCAGGACGUUCGCUCCUUCAUCUUACAGAACGCGAUGACUCUACUACCUGUGCGGGUCUUCGCUCCUUCACCUUACAGAACGCGAUGACUCUACUACCUGUGCAGGACUUCGCUCCUUCAUCUUACAGAACGCGAUGACUCUACUACAUGUGCAGGACGUUCGCUCCUUCAUCUUACAGAAAGCGAUGACUCUACUACCUGUGCGGGUCUUCGCUCCUUCACCUUACAGAACGCGAUGACUCUACUACAUGUGCAGGACGUUCGCUCCUUCAUCUUACAGAACGCGAUGACUACUACCUGUGCGGGACUUCGCUCCUUCACCUUACAGAACGCGAUGACUCUACUACCUGUGCAGGACUUCGCUCCUUCAUCUUACAGAACGCGAUGACUCUACUACCUGUACAGGACUUCGCUCCUUCAUCUUACAGAACGCGAUGACUCUACUACCUGUGCAGGACUUCGCUCCUUCACCUUACAGAACGCGAUGACUCUACUACCUGUACAGGACUUCGCUCCUUCCCCCUUACAGUGCGCGAUGACUCUACUACCUGUACAGGACUUCGCUCCUUCACCUUACAGAACGCGAUGACUCUACUACCUGUGCGGGUCUUCGCUCCUUCACCUUACAGAACGCGAUGACUCUACUACCUGUGCAGGACUUCGCUCCUUCAUCUUACAGAACGCGAUGACUCUACUACCUGUGCAGGACUUCGCUCCUUCAUCUUACAGUGCGCGAUGACUCUACUAUGCGUACAGGGCUUCGCAUCUAUAUAGGGCAUGAUAUAGACUGCAGUGCAUAAAACAAAAAGUGCACGUAUGCACAGUGAAGUGCAAUACUAAUUCAAAUUAUUCCUUAAUACUGGGGCAUAUAUUUGCUGCCAAACCAAUACGAUGACGUAUGCCCCACGGCCUAGUGCUGAAGACAUUUAGUGCCCUGAAACUGCGAUUGUGUCACUGUGAUAUGAGGGUACUUAUUCAGCGAUAGAUUGAUGUAGAAGAACUUGUUUUUAAUGAACAUGGAUAUAACGUACUAAUAGUUAUGACGAACUAUUUCUAAAAUUCCUACUGUGCAUCCUAAAUGAUAGCAGACAAACUGGUGUUGGCCUUGAACUCAACUUGCUGGACUGACAUUUAACCCGAUCCCUGACACGGUCAUGUGCGGUUUCUGUGAUCCACAUCGUAUCUCCAUAUACGUGCGCCUGGCACGUUGUUACAGCUGCGCUACAGCUUCAGGCUGUCAAUGGGGUCAGGCAUGAGACCAAGAGCUUCAGGACUUCAGACAUAACAGCGUCGGAACUCAACGUUUCUCGUCAGUGACUUACGGUGAACAUCGUUCGAGUUUUAAUGUUCAACAUAGGACAAUAUAUGUUCUGAUAAAUGUGUUCUCUAUAGAGUACUGAUGUACGGGUGUAUGGUGGGCGGGUACAAUGGGGCAACAUUAACACAAACUAGAUGGGUCACGCCUCAGUAGUUGUGUGGAUGAGAAAAUCCUCAGAUUAAAUUCAGAUCAAGAAGCGUUGAACGUGGAACGUGAAAGCUAAUCAGGAAAAUCAAUGAAACUCUCUCUGGAAAUAGAUAUUACUCUAGUCUAUAUUCACAACAUUACCAAACACCCCUCUUCAUCUUCAAACCCCAGCAUCCUUGCAGGUCGUCAUGACCUGUUACAGAAUAACAGAACCACCAUUUUGGUCGGUCGGUCGGUCGGUCGGUCGGUCGGUAGGUCAGUGGCCACAUAGAGCGGCAAGGUUCAAGCCGCAUGAUGCAGACACAGCCAUACAACGUGUAUUUUAUGCUACAUGGGGCAUGGGAUAUGUAGAUACAUGCUUUUAUCAAAGAGGGACAAUAUUCCACGGUCUGGGCGCCCUGGUGUAACUGAAAUACUGUUCAAAGCUGCGUUAUUCCAAACUCACGCCACGGUCUGGUGACACAUAGUGUGGACAUUUUAAUUAUUGGCAUGCGUUUAACUCAGACAUUGUCUGUGUUAUUAAGAAAAUUAGUUGCUUGUUUGAUCAGUAUCACACUUGAGCAGACAGACGAAGUGUUAUGGAGUAACAUUAAUCAAUCUUGAUAGACUGCUGUUUGGGCCGAGUCAAAUCCCACUCUAAAUCCUGAUAGAAACUGAUACAACUCCGAAACCCAGAGCGUAGAUCUGAUUAAAUCAAUUUUAUAAGUGAAACAAAAAAUGUGCCCACUACACUGCCAGGCAAAAGAAAGAACACCCAUGAUGGCUAAAGAUGAAACACACAAGAAAUAGUUAUUCGAUGGUGAUGUAUUGGAAACUGGUAUCAUAGUUGUGUUUUGGACCUAAAGUUUAUAGUGUUUCAGCGACUGUCUGUAUCCUAGUAACGUUUUAAAAACGUUUGUAAUGUUUUGGUUAAAUCCAUUUUACAAGUGUACACUUUCAUUUGCCAGUUUACAUAUUUGAGUCCUUCAAGGAGAAACAACUGAAUCAAACAUCUAUGUUUAUGAUUCAAACCAUGCUCUCUCAACAUAUUCCCAAAGUUAUUAGACCUUUAGAUUCAUCCUACCAGCAUCAACGUAUACUAUAUAAUGCCUGUGAUCUAAGUGUUCAUAAUAAUAUAUGAUGUUACCUUGACGACCUGAUGUAAAUACUCUCCUUGAAAGUCUCCUUAAUCUCAGAUUUUGUCUUCGAUUCAAUCCUCUGAGAGAUGAUUGUAAUGAGGGUUAUCUCCCCUGGGGUAUCCUGUCUCGCAAUAAGAUGUUGCCUCGGGUCACGUGGUUCAUGUAAACAGCCAAUAAGAAGACUGGAUGUGCCAGUACAUUUUUUUAUCAUAAUUAUUAUAAGGGUAAAGCUAUUUUUCAGGGCAUUAUCAUUUGCAGGAGCCCGAGGUCUUCCAUUAACUGUUGAAAAGACCGAGGGCUUCUGCAAAUGAUAAUGCCCUGAAAAAGAGCGGUACCGUUAUUAUAGCUAAAAAGGAUGGAAUUUGUUAUCAAAUAAUAAGAAACAACAAUCUCGGUUUCGAAACAUUUACUGCAGUUAACACGAAUGUCACUGACCCAAUUUUACAAAUAUGGAAACGUCAUAGAACAAACCAGAUGACGUCACUAUUAAAUGAUAAUUCUAUCAAUUUUAGCUAUAAUAUACUGUAAAGUCAUAUCCAGCCAAAUAUGUUUAUGACAACUAUAUGAGACAAUCACUUAGAAACAAAAUAUAGUAUUCGGUAGAGCAUACACGUUAAGUAUGUAGGAGCUUGGUGUGCACAUUUGUUGACUUUGGUGAAUCUCAGCUGUACAAACUGCUUCCAUUACUUCCACAAUCUUGACCAACAAAAGACUGUAUCUCCGUGUGAAUAUCACAGGUUUCAAUCACUCGACUUGUCUGAAGUUGAGAUCAAACUCGCUAGUGAAAUGAUAGCUUAAUGGUGUCACCGGAAACACGUGUAUUUUGUUACCAUUCGGUUCGGCUCGGCACUUUGUGUUAGCGCCACAACACCUCGUUUUAGUUUGUACCUGAGGCUCAUAACGACUCCUUGCACAGACCUAUGUUUGGCCAAAAUACUGUGUUCAAGUUACAGAGUCGUAUAACCAGAUCCAGCAUCGUCAGGUCCAACUGGCCUAAUCCUAGGAUCAUGGGGUCGUAUUUGAUAUAUUAGCUUGUUAUUAGCUUGACGGAUAAUAUGUUACCUGUAUCCCCGUGACUAGCCGUCACUGCUUCCUGUGGAUUAAUGCAUGCACGAUUAACCUCUUCUGUGCCUUUUGAUGAUAAUAAUGAUGAUGAU